AUGUCUGCUAGCGAAGAGAUCGAGGCUAAAGCCGUGCGAGCUGACCCUCAAUUUGACCACGGAAAAUUGCUGCGCAAAAUAGAUGUGCACGUCCUGCCAAUCCUUUUUGCCAUCUAUGUAGCAGCUUUCAUCGAUCGGGUAAACAUUUCAAGCGCUCUGACGUUAGGCUUGACCAAAGACCUCGAGCUCACCGAUCAACAACCGAAUAUUGCCCUCACGAUCUUCUUCAUUCCAUAUAUCAUCUUUGAGAUCCCGUCCAACAUCCUACUAAAGAAAUUCAAUCCCCAUAUAUGGUUGCCAAGCUGUAUUAUAGUAUUUGGUAUUGUUACGAUUGCACAAGGCUUCGUACAAUCUUACUCAGGCCUUCUCGCAACGCGAUUUCUUCUAGGGCUCGCCGAGUCAGGUAUUUUCCCCGGGAGUUUCUAUCUCAUCAGCUUCUGGUAUAAACAAGAUGAGGCCCAGAAACGAUUCACCUUUUACUGGUCGAGUACGAUAAUCGCCGGAGCAUUUGGUGGUCUGCUUGCUUCUGCGAUCUCAAAACUCAACGGUGUACGAGGCCUCAGCAGUUGGCGAUGGGUUUUUAUAUUGGAAGGCAUCGCAACAGUUCUUAUCGGAUUCAUCGCAUUCUUCUCUAUCACUGACUUUCCCAGAGAGGCAAAGUGGCUUUCUCACAAUGAAAGAGAGUUUCUAAUAGCUAAAACAGGGGCGAGCGAGUCUCAUGACGUUCCGGUUACUGCUCGGGACAUCUCGUUCUUUCUUGCCAAGCCAAAGAACCUGGUUGCCGGAAUCAUGUAUCUCGCGCUCCUAAUACCUUCCUACUCAUUCGUUUUCUUCAUCCCUACGAUCGUACAAGGCCUUGGAUACGGCACCGUGGAAACUCAGCUACAUUCAGUACCUCCGUUCGCUGCGGCUUUUGGUUUCGCUAUAGUAACAGCAUAUAUUUCGGACAAGGCCAGAUUACGUCUCCCCUUCAUUCUCUUCGGUUUAGCUUUAUUGAUAACUGGCCUUUCAAUUUUGAUUGUAUUUCAUGAUGGUUCUUCUUUCUCUAUCAAAUACGCCGCAUUGUGCCUAGUAGCAAUGGGAACACUGGGCAUUGGCGGCAAUAUGAUAUGCUGGUAUGUCAUGAAUCUUCAAGGUCAUGUUGAGCGUAGCAUUGGUUCAGCGUGGCUUCUCUGCUUUGGUAACCUUGGUGGUAUUAUUGCCACUUUUUCUUUCUUGAAGAAGGAUGCACCCUAUUAUCAUACGGGCUAUGUUCUGUGUAUCUCAUUCAGCGCCCUAUGUGUCAUCGCUAGUAUUGGGUACGGGUGGUUUAUUUGGCUGGAGAGGAAAGAUGAUAAGCAGGCUAUCGGCAGCGGAGACGUAAAACGAGAGAGACUCUACAUAUAG